AUGUCGCUCUUUGCCCCGCCUGUACUUAGACAUUCAACGUAUCUCGCUGUCUUCUACGAUGUUCGACUCAAAACCACAGACCAUCCUUCAGAAGAUGAUAGCGACGACGACGAAACAUUUCUUGACCGCCCUGACAUCAUUGUGGAGAAGCUGGAGGACAUACUAGGCUUAAACGAAGACAAAUUCGUCAAGUUUAGCGAAAGAGCACGCCAAUUAGUAACGCGAACCCCUUCGAAACCUAUUAAACGCUCGCAAAUUUCCCUACCCGACGAGGAAUCCAUCCCUAAUCUUCGUCGACAGAAACUUGAACCUGCGUCCGACUGA